AUGGAACCUCUUAUCGAAUUUGCAUCUAAAUCUUACGUACUUUCAGAUCAAUUACAAGAUAAUUCUACUUAUAAUUUGAUAUCUAUUAGGUAUUAUCAUAAUUAAAUUAACUUAGAUGGUUAAAUAAAUUAAGAACUAUAAUCUAAUCAAAAGACAUUGAUAAACUCAAUACAAUUCCUAUUUUAAAUUUAGACUUAGUAGACGAUUAUUUCUCAAAUAUUUUAUAGUAAAUUGUAAUUAAACAUUUAGAUAUGAUGAUCCAUAAUAUAAUUGUUUUUUAAACGAAAAAUUAAAAUUAAAUCAAGAUUACAUCUCUAUACCUCAAGAAUUAUGGCAACAAUUAAUUACAGCAAUUUAAAAUUUCAAACAAAUUCCUUAAGAAUAUUUUACAUUUUUGGUUUUAUAUAAAGAUGGAACUUUAAUUAAUAAACAACUAAAAAUUUAAUUAGUACCAUUAUAUGAAGGUGUUACUAAUAUAAUUGAAGGAGUUUAAUAAUUUUCAAGAGAUUGGACAAUGCAAUAUACGAUUGAAACAUUUGAAAAACUCUUAAACUAACAAUUAUCAAUUUAAGUGCCUUCUAAAAAUUUUAUCAAAUUUUAUAUCAUAAAAAAUGAACCAAAGGAAUUCAAAAGUUUUAUUUAAAUGCUUCAAGAGAAUUAAUUGUAAAUAGAAGAAUGUAAAUAAGACUUAUGUUCUUUAAAAAAUGGAUAAUUUUUAAUAUUAGACAUUCAAAUUCUAAAUAAAAAUUUUUAUUUUAAAUAGGAUGACAAUACUAUAGAACAAAGAAUUUAUAUUAAUUUUGAAGAGAGUGAGAUUUCAAAAAAGGGAUUUUCAUUAUAUGAAUCAUAAUAAUCUUUAAUAAAUUGCCUACUCAAAACUUACGAAUGUAAUGAUAAGAUUAGAAAUUUUAUUAAAGUUAAUUAUUAAAAAUAUUACAACUUAAACGAAAUAAUUGAAGAAUCAUAUUAUGGAAGUUAAGAUAUUUUAUGUUAUGAAUAAAAAGAUAUAGAAUUAUUGAAUGAACACUCAGUAACCAUUACUGAGAGUAGAUAUGAUACUGUAUAUGUUAAUGGAAAACCAUUAACUGUUUUAUUUGAUCAUAAAAUGACUGUAAAGUAAUUAGCUGAGAAAUUAUUACCAUAAUAAAGAUUUCUUUUUGAAUGUAGUAAUAAUUAUUAUACAGAAGAAAGUAAAAUAUAUUUAAUAUCUUUAGUAAAUUGUGAUAUGCUAUUGUAUUAGUUACCAAAAAAUUAUAAAUAUCAUUUGACUAAACGAGAAUAAUUUGAAGAAGAAUUGGAAGUAAUUAUUCAUAGAUGUUUUGCUGAAAAAGUAGGUAUUUUGUAAUCUUACAAAAAUUUUGAUGCGAUUCGAAAAUUUUAUAUAAAUAAAUAAGCUAAAUAUUUUGAUUUACAUUUAGCAAUUGCAAAUCUUUUUGAAGAGACAAGUUUAUCAGCUUAUAAAGAAACUAUUUUUAAUAAAAAGUAUGAAUUAAUCUUCUAAACUAAUUAAUAAAUCAAUGAAAAAUGUUCUUUUUGUGAUCUCAAAUUAUGUAAUAAUUGUAUCGUUAAAUUUAUUGAUUAAAAGAUGAAUCUCAAAGUUAAUAAGAUUGUUGUGUAUGCAAUUUACAACUAACCAAUUUAAAUUGAAAGUUAAAAACCUGAAAUCAUAAAUAAAUAUAAUUUAGAGGAUUAUUUUGAUUUUUAAACAAAAGAUGAAGAAUUUCUAAUUUUAAAUAUCAAUUAAGAUCAAAUUGUUUCUAAUUUGCUAUUUUAUCCACAAUAAAUACAUAAAUAUAAACUAUGUGGUUUAAUAGAAAAGAUUGAUCGUUUUAACUAUUAAAGCUAUUGUAGGUUAAAAGACUAAUGGAUUUUAUUUAAUAAAGAAGGAUACCAAUAAUUAGAAGUAUUGAAACCAAAUUUAAAAGUUACAAAAUUAUUAUAUGAGAAAAUUGAUUGA